GAGCAGGUUGAGCGGAAGGAUGAAGAACACUGUGGAUAGCAUGGUAGAUUGGCCAAUUGAUUGAUCGUUCGGAGUUACAGAGAUGAGAAAUGCAUAUAUAAAGCAUGGCUGGCGACAAGAUGAAUGCCAUCUGAGCUCAUCACUUACAAGAUACUAAAGACAACACCACGCCUUCUACCGUUAUUAUAGAACAUAUCACCUACCAAGUCUCACAUUGGACGAUACCAAAUCAUCUACUACAUUCAACCCUCUGAAAAAAUGACUACCGAAUCGAAGCCAAGCAAGGUGCUAUCCCCGAAGGCCCUCGCACACGUGGUGCUCCAAACGCCACAAGUGUCAACCAUGGCCAAGUUCUACAAGACAUUUCUCGGGGCCGAAGCCAGCUUCGAGACGGACUCCAUGACGUUCCUCACGUACGACGAAGAGCACCACCGUGUCGCCAUCAUCGGAAUGCCAGGCCUACCGGGGAAAGUCGAGAAGAGCGCAGGACUGCACCACGUCGCCUUCACGUACCCCACGCUAUCGACCUUGUUCACGGCCUACAAGCAACGCAAGGCGUUUGGGAUUCUCCCGGUGUGGUGCACGAACCACGGUGUCACGACGUCCCUUUACUACCGCGACCCGGACGGCAAUCGUCUCGAGACGCAGGUGGACAAUUUCGACACCAACGAGGAGACCACGGCGUUCCUGACGGGGCCCGAGAUGCGCGAGAACCCCCUCGGUGUCGACUUUGACCCUGAGGAUCUCAUUCGCAAGCUCGAGAGUGGUGUCCCUGAGGCUGAGAUCAAGAAGAGGCCGAAUAUUGGCCCUCGAGGCAUUGAAGACAUCCCGGCUCAUUAGGACGAUAUGGUAUUUGGGAGGUAGAGAGAUUGUGCCAGGAGAGAGAGAAAUAGAGGCUUGGGAAGAAGGGCAUGCUGACUCCUGGCCUAGGUACCUACCUGGUCGAAUCUGGUCUGCUGUA